AGACUUUAUGAAAUAUCUGUUCCUGAUAAAUGGCCACAGAUGAAAUGACAGGGAGUCUACGACUCUGCCAGGGGACUAUGGGUGUGAUGGUUGCACCUGCUGAAUAGCAGUAUUGGGUUGGUCUGACUUUUAGCACACCUGUUUCAUGCCUCCUCGUCAAGUCUCUGACUGUGCAUUUAGUGUAUGACAGAUACAUGUCUACCAAAUAUAUCGCACAUGUGCCACACCCCUUAAGGAGUUGUUUUCCUACAUAGCUGGCUGGCACUAUUCAUGGGGCAGAGGGCGAGUGAAACAGGAAACACUCCCCUCCUGUUCUUGAAUUCUAAGUAAUCAACCCUUAGAUUAUUUUGUCAGUUCUCUCAAAAGAUACAUCAGCAUUAUCUGUAAAAUAUACAGUGUGUAAACUUCAUCAAAUAUAGAUUAAUAUAUUAUAUUUAAUUAUAUAGAUAGGAAUGUGUUUGCACAUUCUGGAAAAUGUGUUCAGGAAACUGACGCUGUGGCUGUCAGUAAAUUAUCGUUCGGCAAAGUUUUGUUUUGAGUCUGACAGUUGAACCAAGUCUUCCAACGUACAUUUUGAGUUUGAGACGUCCUGAAACGGCCACGCUGUAUAGAAUAUUAAUUAGAUACAAAGCUGAUCAUAUUCUCCAUCAAAUAUAUAAUUGCACACUGAAGCUUUUAAGAAGUCGCUGCUGUUUGUCUCUGUGUUUGACACUGACAAAUAUGAAGAAGCUGGAUUGAUUUUAAGAGCAUCUGUCAGCAUGCUAUAGCUGUCUCUGCUGCACGGGGCUCCAGAAAUAUUUUUAUUUUCCUUCUAAAGCCUUCGUGUGAAAUUACUGUCAAACCUGGAAUGUGAACUUUGUAGAUGCCAUGGUAAAUUACAAAAUGACUGCUGUGAACAUUUGUUGUUGUGCACAGAUUGUUGCUUCGGGCUUUAUAUAAAUCUUCUCUUGCACCAAAAUCCAGUAGAAAAAGAUGCACCGUCUCACAAACCCUGUCUUGGCUGACAUUAAAUAUUGAUAUCACUCACUCUGUUGGAUGUUUUUUCGUCCUUGCUGGGCUUUUUACCCACUUCACUGAUGCCACAAGCCUUGAAACAGGACAUUCUGUCUCUUGUGUUGUCGAGCUCAUGUGCUCUGUAAUACCGUUGUGGACUGUCUUUUCAUGGGAGGAGGUACCUCUGUGGCUUUUUUGGAGUGCGCUGUCUUUUCAAACGGUGGAUCAAUACGUGCUCUUUGUGCUUCCAGUGUUUGCUGUUCGUUAAUGCAGAGUUUGUAAAGCGGUGUGGGUUUUGUCGUUCUUCGGAAGUUAUACCAUCAUCAUUCACUAUCUCAGUGAGAUCAUCAGAAAAGGGAUCGUUGGUCCAAUACUCGUUUGACUUUUGAACACUGAUGAAUAUGAGGAUGUUGACUUUAACAUAAAAUCCAGUUCAGCAUCUGUAGUGCUCCGCCUAACAUGGAUGUCACCGUUUUGUAGUCAUUAAAUUCGAUAUUGUUUUUUUACACGUGUUGCUGGAUCGGAACACUAACGCAUGAUUUUUAUGAGUUGUCACUUUAAUUUAAAAGUGGCUCUAAGAUGAUCUCUAUUAACAGCUUGAGAUUCAGGUCAGUUGCUUAAAUGGCUCCGAUGUUAUUUUCCCGCCAAACCAUCUUGUGGUGGUUGAGAAUGUAGUGAAUGCAGUUGUUUUUUCGUCUUUGCAAUAAUACACAUCAGGAUGUAGUUGAUUUCCGAGCUACUAGUGUGACUUAACAAAUGCAGGGCGAGCGAGUCAUUAGAGAGGGGAGGAAGGGGACGGCGCGAGCGAAAGCACGAGCAGUGGAAUGUAGGGCGAGUGAAACUGAGAGAAAAAAUCCUGAGCGAGACAGUGUCAGCGCUGGCAGUUUAUCCGCUGUGUGUGUGCGUGCGCGUGUGCGCGCGCGCUAUUGUUUUUUUUUUCGGCUUUCCAUUUCCUCUUUAUUCUGUUCCUCUGAGAGAGGGAGAGAGAGAGAGAGAGAGAGAGUCACCCCUCUCUGAAAGAGCGGAGUUGGUACAGUCCGGCCAUCUGACAGGCCCAAAAACUCUCUGUGCUGCUGUGAGUGCCAAUCAAAGAGGAGUGCUCGGCAGGGAUUACCUUGAGUGACCCUGCAUAGAUUAGUGCGUGCAUGUGAGAUGGACAAUUCUUUGGGCGGCUUAAACGGCCUGAUGACACGCUUUCCCGGAAUAUGUGCGGCGGUGCCGUGGUCCGGCAGCCCUUCUAAGGAGCUCUGCUGUGGCGCUGUCCUGCCCCUCGACUGCUACCGUUACAACCGCUAUGGAAGUACUGGAGGGUAAACUCACAUUUACAACACCGGUAAACUGUGGCUCGCAGCACAGCAAAGGGGGUUUUAUGACCAGCAAAUGAGCUUGCAGCAAAUAACGCGUCCCUCACAAGAAGAGAAGUCAGACGAAAAAACUGAAGAGGAAAAAAUUGAGAAAUCCGAGAAAAAAGAGGACGAGGAAAAGAAGGACGAGGAAGAGAAAGAUGAUAAGGAGGAUCCUAGGGACAUUGGCAAGGACAAAGACAAGUGUGACGGUGUGGAGGACGACGACGGAAAGGAGCAAAACACGCCGCGUGGCAGGAAGACUGCCAACAGCCAGGGCCGACGCAAGGGAAGGAUCACCACACGCUCCAUGGCCAAUGAGGCUGCAUCUGUGGCAGCUGAGGAGGCUCCUCCCACUGCCCCUGAGCCUGCCUUGCCAGAUCCUCCGCAGCUCCCCAAGUCUGAUCCAAUGCUAAAGUCCAUGAAGGAGCCUGCAAAACCCCAGACUCCAGUGGCUUCCAUGGAUGCUAAUAAAGCUGGUGCUGGUGAAACCGGAGAAACUUCUCGCUGGACCGAGGAGGAGAUGGAGGUCGCCAAAAAAGGGCUGGUUGAGCAUGGGCGAAACUGGACAGCCAUUGCCAAAAUGGUGGGCACCAAAAGCGAGGCACAGUGCAAGAAUUUCUAUUUCAAUUACAAGAGACGUCACAACCUGGACAACCUGCUCCAGCAGCAUAAGCAGGACACACGGCGUGCUCGUGCUGAUAGGUCUCAAGGUGAAGGUCUAGCCGCGGCGUCGCCUGACGAUGACGACGAUGACGACAACGCAGAUGACAGUGAAGGCGGUGACAACAGCUCUGAUACAGAGAGUGCUCCCUCCCCCUCUCAGUCUGGCGACUCCAAGAGGGCAGACAGCGCUGCAGGAGAUGCUCAUUGCUCUGACCAGGACAAAGGUCAGGCCAGUAAUGGGAAGGCCCUGGAGCCCUUAUACAGAGGACUCUGUGUCAAGGAAGAGAAAAGCCCCGAGAGUGAGACUGGAUCUCAGGAGGAAAAGGCCAGGAUGGCUUCCUAUGCAGGCCCAGUGCAUCCCAAAACUGAACCUCAGGACGUGGACAUGAAGACCGGAGAGGUUCAGAUCAAGAUGGAGCCUGACAUCAGGGAGAGAGGAGAAAAGGGAGAUCACGGCGAGAGGCACAGGGAACUCCACUCGGAUAAUGACUCCAGCGCCACCUGCAGUGCUGACGAGGAUGUGGAGGCGGAGCCUGAAAGACAGAGAAUAUUCUCCAUGGACAAGCCUACAUUGCUCAACCCUCCAGGCUCUGUGCUGGUGUCCUCGCCCAAGCAAACCCAACUCAACAUGCAGCAGAGGCAACAGCGGGCUGCUAACAUCCCACCUAUGGUGCCCGGCCCUUUUGGCCCCGGCAGUGUACCCAUCAGUGGCUUCGCCAUGUUGCAACACCAGAUCAAAGCAGUGCAUGAGUCGGCGCACCAAGAGGAGAAGCAGAGGCAGGAUCAGGGAGACCUGGAGCGCAGACCGCCCUUCAACACCCGCAGCCCCACCGUAAUAGACAGAGAUGGUAAGCCCCUACCCUACAUGCCUUAUGACAUGAAGCUGGCUCUGGACCAGGAGGUCCACUCUGGUCGGCCAGGCUCUCCCUACAGACUCUCCCCCAGGGAGCUGAGCAAGGCCUCACCCCAGCCUGACCCCAAUGCCUCCCGCUACAGUGUGCCACCAGUCCUCCACCCUGCCGCCAACCAGCUGGUCCAGACUAUGCCAGAUGGAGUCCGUGUGACGUUCAGCAGACCCAGUCGACCUCCCAACAUUCCCUCUCCUCCUCCGCUCAUUCCCACCUCCAAGCCCACGGACAAGCCCUCCUUCAUCCAGGGGGGCUCCAUCUCGCAGGGAACUCCUGGCACAUACCUGCCGUCCCACGCUGUCUAUGGGCCAGAGGGGACGAAGAGCACAGUGGGCUCCAUCUCUCUGGGUCUGCCUCGGCAGCAGGAUCCUAACAAGCCUGUUCCAUCCAUACAGGAUGGCAGAGGCAACCCAGCAAAGAUGGGCGAGGGUCUGACGAUGAGAGGAUCAAUCACUCAGGGCACACCGGCCCUGCCACAGUGCAGCAUUGCUGCUGACCUCCUGAAGGGCACGAUCACAAAGUUGGCCACAGAGGACCUGAGCAGCCCAGACAAGGCAAGGGGAGAACAGCUAUCUAAAGGUCAUGUCAUCUAUGAAGGCAAGAGUGGUCACAUACUCUCGUAUGAUGCUAUCAAGAACCCCAGGGAAAACACCCGCAGCCCCAGAACAGGCCAUGAGCUGAAGCGCACUUACGACACGAUGGAGGGACCCAUGAACAGGGGACACCCUGGAAGAGAAGGAGCUCCAUUUGAGGGGUUGAUCAGCAGAGCCUCGCCCAGAGAAGGUCCACAUGGAGAUCCCAAGGAAAGACCAUUGAUCACAGGAUCUAUCAUGCAAGGAACACCUAGAACCGCCGCAGAGACUUAUGAAGAUGCCAUGAAAUAUGGAAAACAGAUAAAGCGAGAGAGCCCACCGAUCCGCUCCUUCGAAGGGGGCAUUGGCAAGGGCAAGCCCUAUGAGGGAGUCAAUACUAUCAAAGAGAUGGGACGCUCCAUUCACGAAAUCCCCAGACAGGAUCAGUCUGGCCAGGACAUCUGCAAGACCCCUGACCUGUCGGACAGGAGGGUUAUGGAGGGCUCCAUGUCUCAGAUUCACCCUCUCAACCAGUCUACUAUCAAGCACAACGUCAAGUCCCUCAUCACCAGUCCCUCUAAGCUCCCCCACAGCAUGCCCCAGCUCGAGGCCAUGGAACGUGCCAAAUACGAGGAGAGCAAGGCGGUACGCCACACCGUGGUCAACUCCACCGCCUCUGUCCUGCGCUCCACACACCAGGAGGCUAACAAAUCCCAACUUAGCCCCAGCAUGUAUGAGGACGUCAACGCUCGCAGGACCCCUGUCAACUACAGCACCAAUCCCGUGUCCAGAGGAUCACCCAUGUUGGGACGUGGACCAGAGGGUGUUAUGAGCUCUGGGAAAUCUGCUCCUCAUGAAAGAAAGAGUGCCAUUACCCCGACACAGAGGGACAGUGUCCCAGCCAAGUCCCCAGUGUCGGGUGGUGACCCUCACCCUGGAGCCUCUCACAGCCCUUUCGACCCCCACCACCGGCCCGUCGGACCUGAGGAAGUGUACAGACCCCACCUAACUCCACACCUCGACCAUGCCAUGGCCAUGACCCUCCACAGAGGGCUGGAUCCUGCGUUCAUGUUCCCCAGGCAGCCGUCUCCAACAGGUUACCACAACACCUACCAGCUGUACACCAUGGAGAACACACGGCAGACGAUUUUCAAUGAUUAUAUCACUUCCCAGCAGAUGCAAGUCAUCCGACCUGACAUGGCCCGAGGGUUGUCACCACGGGAACAGCCCGUCGCUAUCCCUUACGCAGCCGGGACUCGAGGGAUUAUUGAUCUAGCCCAGAUGCCUCCAACUAUCCUGUUGCCUCACCCUGGGGGAACAGGUACUCCCACUUUGGAACGCAUCUACCUCCCUGGAGCUCAGACCCCUUUCCCUCCUAGGGCUUUCAACCCAACCUCCAUAUCGCCAGGCCACCAAGCCCACCUGGCUGCUGCAGCUGCUGCCAGUGCAGAGAGGGAACGGGAGCAGCGUGACCGGGAGCAGCAGCAGCAGGAGAGGGAAAAGGAAAGGGAAAGGGAGCACCGAGAGAGGGAACGGGAGCGGGAAAUGCGAGAACGAGAGCGGGAGAGAGCCAAUGAAUACAUCCGCGGAGGUGGACCAGAGCAGCCAGGACGGCCAGGAAGUCGAGGUUAUCUGCACUCCGUUUCUCCCUCGCUCAGGACGCAGGAUGUCGUGGUUCAGCAGCGGCCUAGCAUCUUCCAGGGCAAGAGUGUCAUCACCGCUCUAAUGCCCCAUGCAGCAGCAGCAGCAGCAGCGUCGGCAGCAGCAGCACAGAGUGGCUCUCGCUACAGUACUGCAGCUGAUGCUCUGGCUGCUCUGGUGGAUGCCGCUGCCUCUGCCCCGCAGAUGGAUGUGGCCAAGGUGAAGGAGAGCAAACACGACCGGGAUGACGACAUGUCUUUGUCGGCUGCAGCCCGGCGAGGGGCCAGCCUCUCCGAACAGCAGCAGGAGGCAGAGAGGCGGUCCAUGCAGUCACCAUAUGGCGCUAUGUCUCUGCCAGGGGGUAAGCCCCAUCCAGCUUACUCUGAGGGCCCUGGAGCCGGGGUUAAGGACAAGGGCCCUCAAACCUCAAAGUCCCGCAUCGAAGAGGAGCUUCGGACUCGUGGAAAGACGACUAUCACAGCCGCUAACUUCAUCGAUGUCAUCAUCACACGGCAGAUAGCCUCGGACAAAGACUCACGAGAGCGAGGCUCUCAGAGUUCUGACUCCUCUAGCAGCUUGUCAUCCAGUCGAUACGACAACACCGGUGGAGGAGCCAUCGAGGUGAUAAGCCCUGCUAGUUCCCCAGUCCAGCCCCAACAGGAGAAACCUGAGGAAGUGCAACAACAGGCAGCAAGUAUGAACACCCCAACUCCGUUUGAGCAUAUGAUAUUCUCGACUGGCAUGCGGGGCUACGACAUGAGUCGUUACCGGCAAUCAGGGGAGCCACCACAGCCCAGUUCCCAGCACCCCCCGUCCUCUCAGAUUGAGAGCUACUCCCAGGUUCCCAAGACUCACAAGGUCAUGACCUUAGCAGACCACAUUUCGCAUAUUAUAACCCAGGACUUCGCCCGGAAUCAGGACCCUCCUCCCGUCUCCUCCUCAGCUUCGGCCACAUUCCAGAGCGCGGUGCCAUCUUCAGGGCGAGCCAAGAUGCCCAGCCGCUACAGUCCUGAGAAUCAGGUCCAGGCCUCACACCACCAGAGACCCUCCAGCAGAGUUUCCCCAGAGAAUGCCCCUGACAAGCCUAGAUCCAGGCCGGGUAAAUCUCCAGAUCGAGGCGGCAGGCAGAUGGAGAACUAUGAACCCAUCUCUCCACCACAGAGCUACCAAGGCAUGGACAAACAGGAGGUGAUCGGGCCUCCACCCCAGAGACGAGAGGCUGACAACUCCGAGAUCAGGAAUGACUCGCGGUCCCCAGGGAAUGUCACCUAUCUGCCAUCCUUCUUCACCAAGCUGGAGAACACCUCGCCAAUGGUGCAAUCAAAGAAGCAGGAGAUCUUUCGUAAGUUGAACUCCAACUCUGGUGUCGGUGAUUCUGAUGUUGGAAGCGCACAACCAGGCACAGAGAUUUUCAACUUGCCGGCUGUUACCACCUCAAGCAGCAUCAACCCCAGGAAUCACUCAUUUAGUGACCCGGCCAAUAACCUGGGCCUGGAGGACAUCAUCCGCAAAGCCUUGAUGGGCAACUUGGAGGAGAGACAGGAGGACCACCAGGGAGGACUAGGGGCUCAGUGUGCCAUGAACAACACACCCGGCCCAGGCAGUGACGCCCGCCAGGAGGCCAACCCGUCACCCAGUAUGGGGAAGCAGAAGCACAGCAAAGCCAACAGCCGGAAAUCCAAGUCCCCUAACCUUGGUCAGGCCUACGCUGGAGGGGAGCGCCCAUCUUCCGUGUCCUCUGUCCACUCGGAGGGAGAUUAUCACAGACAAGCCCAAGCUCAACCACAAUGGGGCUGGGACGACCGACCUUCGUCCACAGGAUCCAUGCAGUUCCCUUACAACCCGCUGACCAUGCGCAUACUGAGCGGCACGCCACCCACCUCCAUACAGAGCCAGCAGCAGCAGCAGCAGCAGCAGCAGCAGCAACAACAACAACAACAACAACAACAACAACAACAACAGCAGCAGCAGCAGCCUCCGGCUGGAGCCCCGGUGGCCCAGCAGCGCGUAUGGCAGUCUCUGCUGUCAGAGCAAUACGAGACCCUGUCUGACAGCGACGACUGAGCCCUCCUCACUACAGCCCGAAAAACCAGAAGAGAGGCCUGCGCCAAGGCUUGUCUUUUCACACACACACACACACACACACCCCCCCUGCCACCUCUCCCAGAACUAUCCUCGCUCACUGGCGAGUGUGACAAGUAGAUGGGACAGUUUAUUUUUGGUGCUAUGGCGCCCACUGGCUGUUCGCUGAGAGUACAAGCAACAGCCACUGACAGGCGGGGCUCUCCAGAGCAAGAUUGGCUUUGGUCUGGAAGCACUCGCCCAGCCUGUCGGUGAAACGCGACUGAGGGGAUGACGUGAGCUAUAGUGAAGAGGAAGAGCUUAAAAUGUAAAAAGAAACGACAUAAGAGACUAUUUCUGAAUUUUUUGGAUUUCUGUAAAGAUAUACCUUGUCUUUAAGAAAAUCAUUGUAUGUAAAUAGAGUAACCUUUUGCAGUGUUUUUCUUAACUUGAUUAUUUCUUAUUUUAAUGUCGCUUUUAAAUGGGAAGAAUAGGGGUGUAAUCUUUAGUAUCACAGUCGGUCUCUCCCAGUCCACCCCCCCACCCCACAUGACCUGACACCCACUCUAAUAUUUUUACCAUAGCGACGCUGAGUUUGGUUUGUCCUUGACCAUGAGACCGUGCCAUCCCACCAAGCACCACCAGAGCCUGAACAUCGUGAACAUUCGAGGAUGUAAAAACAAAACACAGACUUAACAUUUCAAACAGCAUUGAUAGUUGAUGACCAUCUACGCCACACAGGGGAGCCGAUGCGUGGAUUGUAACUAUCAGAUGGUAGCGGUGAUUUCUCGCCCCGUUCUAGACGGAGACAUGUCUUCAAAACAAGUUGAGAACACUGGUGUCAUAGCAGAACGGUGAAAAGUCUGAUAUAAGCUUAAUUUUGCCGGAAAAUAUAUCCUCAUGCCUACUCCUGGACCCCGUCUGAAUAAUACAAGUGAGCCAAUGUUUGUUUUUUUUGUUUUUUUUUCAAUAGAGCUGUCCAUGGUGUGUCACAUGUCGCUGUCUCUCUCUGCAGUUUCCAACCUGUCCAGAAUGAUCUGCUCUGCAAUGUUGUCAUGGUAAAGAAAGUAGUACGUCAGGUUUUGCCAUGCCUUGUGACUUGAGAAAGAAGGCAGCUUUAACUAAUUUUCUCAGAGAUAUACGUUGGUGUUUGAUGUUUGUAUUUGUUUCUGUAGUCCCUCUUCUUUUUUUUUUUUUUUGGAUACUUUCCUGACAGAAAUCUGAACUCUGUAAAUUGUCUUUUCAUUACACAAAAAGACAAAACUAACCAAACAUAAAGAAUGGUCUGCACCAUUGUUGCACUUUUUUUGCUUUGUAGCUUGUGACAAAAAAAAAAGCAUACUACCUGCUGUGUAACUUAUUCAACCUCCAGCACAGGAGUAUACUAAGAUGUGCUUUAACCUUUUCCCACCACUCACAGAAAUCUGGAUGUUUGGACUUCCUGUCUCUUCUUGUAGCUGGUACAUGAUUUUGUAGCGUUGACACUUUCAUCCAAGAUACAGUUUUAAGUGUAUGGUACCGUUAAAUGUUUAGAAGUUUGCCGUCAGGGUGAUUCUUAACCGUGACCGCUUAAUCUCUGCUUUCAUUGUGUCAAUCAGAAGGCAUUCAGCUUUGAAUAUGAAUUAUUAUAGGUCCGCUUCAUAAAUGGCAGUAAUGUUCCUUUGCAAGUACGUGAAAGAAAUACCACACCUUGGCUUUCAGCUUUCACUUUUCUCAGUUAACAAUCCCAUUCUGCUUUAAACUUUAUUUCCUUUCUUCCUUUCAUUUUGAUUUUGAAUCAUUUGUUGUAGCACAUGUUCAGAUUUUUAUUUUCUGUCAUUUUCAACAUCUUUGUUAUUCAUCCUGUCUACACAGGAUGUCAUGUGUUUACAAAGGCAAUGACAAAAAAAGUUUACAAACGUGAAUCUUAAAGAAAUCCGACAUGAAGCCGAAAAAGAAUUGGAGCAUCUUUUCAGCUCUCUAUCAAACACACAGUGGUGACUUUCUUUUUUUUUUUUGUCUUUUUGAAAUUGAGACUUGAAAACCCGUGUAUCCUAUGAUGUUGAAAUGCAAUGUUUGUAUCGCACAAUGUCUCUUAGUAGGCUAUUACAAGAGUUCAGACCAAUCAAAUAAAGUGGAUCAGUUCUCCACUGCUGAAAA